AUGCAGACUGGUUCUACAAACAUUUGUGAAAGAAUGGGUCGCUCUCGGGAACUCAGUGAAUUCAAAUGUGGUACCGUGAUAGGUUGCCACCUGUGCAAUAAGUCCAUUCAUGAAAUUUCCUUGCUGCUAAAUAUUUCACGGCCAACUGUUAGUGGUAUUAUAACAAAGUGGAAGUAACUGGGAAAAACAGCAACUCAGCCACAAAGUUAGCAGGGUCAGUGUAUGCUGAAGUGCACAGAAGUCGCCAACUGUCUGCAAAGUCAAUAGCUAUAGACGUCCAAACUUUGUGUGGCCUUCAGAUUAGCACAAAAGUGCAUAGAGAGCUUCAUGGAAUUGGUGUCCAUGGC